AUGUUUGCGAAAAAAAGUGUAUAUAGAAUAGUGAACGGUACUUUUCGAUUGGCAAAUUAUGUAACGAAAGGUCCGAAGCCAGAAAUACCUAAAAACCCUUUGGCCCCAGUAUAUUCUGCCAAUAGUCAAAAAGACAAUGGGAUUGUGUACGACAGAAAACCCUUUAAAGUAACCCUUGAAGAAGGGAAGACUUACCACUGGUGUUUAUGUGGGCGCUCAAAGUCUCAACCAUUAUGUGAUGGUACACAUAAGGAUGUUUAUCUGAAAAUAACUCAAAGGCCCAUUAGAUUUAAAGUUGAGAAAACUAAGGAGUAUUGGUUGUGCAAUUGUAAACAAACAAAGAAUAGGCCAUUUUGCGAUGGAACACAUAAGCAGAAGGAAAUACAAGAGGCCACUACAAUAAAAGUAUAG